AAACAACACCGCUGGCAUUGCCUCGCCCAUGCCAUCCCUACGCUGAGCAUUGCAGGCUUUGCAGCCACUCUAAUUGGAUUCUAGAGUGCCUUGCUUAAAAUCCCUUAUUCCUUUCUCUCCUCUGACUAUUUCUUCUGUAAGUACUAGUACUACAAGUCUCUAUCCUAUGUUUGUUUGCGUGUUUCACCCGUCAGCAUGAUCAUGCAGAUACCCUCGUCUGACUCGCCGCAGGCGCCGUUUAUUAACGUCGAAAUCGAGUUUGACUCGUUGCAGACGGAUCCGUUGGUUCAGCAGUUCAAUAACAAUAACAACAACGAUAACAAAGACGACGAUAACCCACGCGACCAGUACGAUAACGAGGAUAAUUACAGUCCUUUUAGUAUAAACGCUAACGCACUCGUGCACAAACGCAAGCUCUCCUCGAUCAUCGACGUUGACGUCGAUAUUGACGGUGACUCGUCCGACGCCACAUCUGACACGUCCGGCCGCUUCGACGAUGCGCGCGAGUCUAACAUGACCAUGGAUAUCAACCAAAACACAGAUGAAGAAGCCGCCGUACAGGAAACCCGCUCGGUGCACUCCGCCAAACGCGGUCGGUCAAAUGGCUGGCCGCUUCAGAACGAAAUCGCGUAUGACGAGCAUGGCAUGCGCAUUGAAAUGAACAGUAGCCGACGAACACCCACGAAAGCACAGUCACAGUCGCAGUCGCCGCGCGCGAAGAAGAUGCGGUCUCCUGAGCUGCGUGCUCGGCGGUCGCGGUUUAUCGAAGGGAGUAUGCACGAUCGUGUUAGUGAGAAGCCGCCGAGUAUCUUCUUCCAGGAUGCAGUCCAAAAACCUGCUGAGAAAUACGGCGAGGAGGGAGAUGGUCACGAGAAAGAUGGUGAAGGGAAGCUUGAGAAGAGAUCAUCAGGUAUUUUUCGCUUUGGCAAGGCGAUAGCUUCGGCCUUCCACCCCUUUGGUGCAUGGGGGAAUAAGUCGGACUCGGACGGCUCCAAGGCUCAGAAGGAGAUUAUGAAGCAGAGACAGGCGCGCGCUGAGAAGGCGUAUGCUGAGUUGAAGAAAUCAGGGUAUCACGGGACUACUACUACAUCUACCACUGGUGGUUCUGCAAAUACAGUCGAUCCUAGUAUCGCGGAUCAGACCUGGAAGGCGAUUCAGGAGAAGAUGGAAUAUAAGAUUGUCGCCGGCCAAGGACGCAUCUCGCAGGAUGACACGUUGGUCGCUGUCCCCGAGGCGCUUACUCCCGCUCGUCAGGAGAAAGGGAUAUCGAAACUCAAGUCAUUCUCUGAGCUGCGCAAGCGCACAUCAACGCUCAGCAUCCCGGCAAUCCGGGCCCGCGACGUGUCGCCGAUGAAUCUGGCCAUGGUUGAACAUGACCCAAACCUAGCAGAGACGCCUGCAAUCGAACGCCGACAGUCACGCAAGGAUCUCAAUCGGCAGGCAAAGCUGAUGAAGAGAGUGAGCAAUCUAGAAGAUAAGCUAGAGCGGGCGCGGCGAGAGCUUCGCGAUAUUUCUAGCACUGAGCCACAUCUGCCCGUGCCGACCAUCUGCGUGGACGACGUGCACGAUAGCGAGAGGCAAUACGCCAUCGGCACGCUACCCACUGUCCCAUCGGGGAGACUGCUCGACGAUAGCCACCACUCCGACAACGAGCCUUCAACCUCCAUCUGGCUGCCUGUCGACAGCCUCUCGCGCAAGCGGAAGCCCAAAGCCGACAGCUUUCCCGACAGCAGCAGGCAGAACGAGGCAGAAGCUGACAUCUCGCCGAAAAAGACGAAACCCAGCAAACUCGACAAACCCAAAACCAAACUAUCAACCCGCGACAAACGCGCUUCAAGUCUAACCACCAAAGCCAGCCAGCGUUUGAAAGCGAAGCAAUCAUCCCGCAACCUGCGCCAAUCCACCCCUACUUCUUCUUCCCACGAUGAUUCGAUGUGCUUGCAGGAACAACAAGGCAACAACGCCAACGCCUCCUCCCGAGCCGUAUCGCCAUCGCCCAAGGUAUGGGCCAGCUACAACGGCGACGAGAACAUUCCGCCCGUACCACCGGUCCCGAAAGACCUAUUAAACAGCGCGAAGUUGAAGAAAAGAGCCCUGUCGAAGGAGUUUGCCUGGCCGGAGGACAUUUUCUAACUGCCUACCUCCUACCCUCUCUCUCCGUGAUACUCUAUCCAGCAUUCUUUUAUUUCUUUCUUAUGAUGAAUGAGUGAGGGACGUGAUUGAGGAGUCGUAUGGUAUGGUAUGUGUGGGGUGUAUUGGAUUGUUGUUAACGAGACACGAUAAUGUGGCAUGUCUGAUGAAUUGAAUUUUACUUUUGCAUUGCAUUGCAUUGUUCUGCUUCUGCACACUUGAUGUAGAUAACUAAUACUAUGGAUUGAUAAUGGUGAUUUGAUUAUACAUGUGG